UCCAAGUCCCGAUUCCAAGUACCAUUGUCAGUGGCAGUCGAGUGGCUGGCGAUCCUCUCACUCUCAACUGUAGUUAUAGACUCAGCUCUUCAGUCAAUACCGACACAGUAGAAAGAGUGACCUGGAUGGUGAAUGGAUCAACCGUUGUAUCUAGUGAUACUUCCCUCACGUUCUCACCUCUCACUACCUCUGAUGCUGGGGGUUACACUUGCUCUCUGAAAGUUGAACCCCAGACCAGCAAUGUUACGGCCCAGAAUCCUAUGGAAAGCUCAGCCGAGGUCAUCACUGUACAGAGUAGGCCCUUCUUUUUCUCUUAACUCUGUGUGAUAUGUCUUUUCCCCUCAGUCCCUUCACCUGAUGUGACUGUAUCUCUCGAUCGUAGUGGUCCACUGUAUGCUGGAACUGGUCUCAGUAUCACAUGUAGUGCCACUCUGGACCCUAGUGUCAACAAUAAGGAACAAGUUUCCAUUGAUUUGUUAGGAGGUCGAUUCUCAGCCUCUGACACUAUGAAACUAUCGGGCUACACCUACACUGCUAACCUCACUAUCAGUCCUCUAGCUGAAGAAGAUGAUGAUUCUACUUUCAUCUGUACUGUGACUAUCAAUGGUGGGACUACUGUCAUGUCAACCGACACUACUACCAUUGACGUGAUAGCUCUCCCCCAGCCAACAGUGACACUAUCUCCAGACGUUGUAGCCCCUGUUGCUGCAGGCGAGACAUACACUAUGCUGUGUACAGUGGAUGUGGUACCAGGUCUGGUGGUAGAGCCUCUUAUUGAGUGGACCAGAAUGGAUGAUGUGCUCAAUGCAUCCACCGGCUCUAGUCUACAGCUCAACUUUGAUCCUCUGUAUGCAUCUAAUGGCAGUAUGUAUACCUGCAAGGCCAAGGUCGUGAUCAGCAAUGUCGGUAUUAAUUCUGUCGGAGAGGCUUCAAGAAACCUUACAGUCAGCAUACCGAAGCCAAGGGUGAUGAUCUCCAGAAGUUACUCUGGCACAGUGUAUGCAGGGACAGAGCUAACUCUGACUGCUGCUAUUUCUCCCACUUCGACUAAUGGAGUGGAUGUAGGUGUAGCAGUGGAAGUCACCUGGACCAGAGGCAAUGAUGUAAUAGGCAAUAGCUCUAAUACUGCGGUCUCUGCUGUCAGUGGGAGUGACUCCAUCUACACAGCUUCUCUCUCAUUCUCUCCUAUCACCACUGCCAAUGGUGGAGCUAUCACCGCAACUGUCAGAAUCUCACCUACUGCUCCAUCGCCAUACAUUCAGACUUCCACUGCCUCUUAUAAUGACAUGCUGGCGGUUCAGGACCUGCCAGCUCCGAAUGUGACUGUAUCGGGAGUGAGUGAAGGGACAACUGGCCAAGAGAUCACGUUGACGUGUACUGUGACUGUGGUAGAUCAUCUGGUAGUAUCUCCAGAGGUCCAGUGGACUGGAGGCAGUGUGGGAGAGAAUGCAGUGAUACAGAGCAGUGUGACUACUUCCAAUCAAGCUACUACCAUACAAACCCUGACAUUCAGUCCUCUGAGUACUUCACAUGGGGCCAAGUACACCUGCCAGGCUGCAAUUAACAUUCCAUCCAUUAAUGUUACCAGGAACAACAGUAACAGUACAGAUGUUCCCCAGACCAAUGGUGACUGUGACUGCACCAACAAAUUGGUGUCUGGCUCUGGUCUCUCCCUCAGCUGCUCCAUCCAGCCUCCCUCUGUGGACACCUCCACCACUGUCCUCUCCAAUUGGAGCACUCCUGGUGGUAGAAACAACAGAGUCAACGAUGAGAAUGAUGCAAGUCCACAGUUGGUCAUAUCCAGAGUAGAGACAGCAGAUAGUGGAGACUACAACUGCUCAGUCAGAGUGACUGGCUCAACUAAUAGUCCAUAUAUACUGGACAGUCCUCUAGCAUAUAAUACAACAACGAUCAUUGUCAAACUGAAUGUGACUGUGAGUGCACUCUAUGAACCAGCUCCAGGGGAGGUCCCUGGGGAAUUGGGUCCUAAUGAAUUCACUGCAGGCAGUGAUCUAACUCUCAACUGUUCAGUUGAGGGACACAGUGGAGCUCUGAGCUACAUGUGGUCUCUCACUGGGAACCCCAGUACGCCAUCUGGCUGUGGUAGUAAAUGUAACAUUGAUACCUCAUCCGCUACCUCCACACUUGUGGUGGGGUACCCGGAACUAUUAUCCUACUAUGCUGGUGACUACACAUGUACUGUGAGUGAGUCUGGAAGAUCCAACAGUGGAAACAGUCAUACCUUCCCUGUCAAUGUUGUUGGUGCAGGGAUAUAUGCGCUAAGGUCUGACAGCAGUGUAUCAUCAGGUUCCAUAGCCAACAAUGGACUGAUAGUCAGUAGAAGUGACGACCUGAGACUGGAGUGUUUCUCUAACUCCAGUAUGGGUGGAGUGGGGAACAUCACUACAUCGAAUGGGAGUAUACUAACUCCUGAUACAACUACUAGAACUCUGAUUUUAACUAACCCAUACCGUCGACCUGGAUUUCUCCGUCUUCGAUCAGUUGAUGGAACAUCACAAGAACGAUCAUCACGACCUCUUCCAGCCUCAGCCCAAGGAGUAUACACCUGCACCAUUCCUGAUUCCAAUGGAGAUGUCAUAUCCCUCAAUGUGGGACUCUAUCCACCUGGCUUCAAUGUGACUCCCACCAUCACUAAUCUCACCUAUCACGAGGGCAAUCAUAGUCAUACCCUCACAUGUGUGUCCACUGGCUCCCCUGCCACCAAUGUCUCCUGGACCAAGGACGGAGAACCUCUUACAUCAGAUUACACAAUUUCUCAGACUGUCACUAACCGCAGUACCUCCACCUACUCCAAUGUCCUGACAGUCAGUCCUGAAGGGGCUGCUGGUACCUACAACUGCACAGUCUCCAAUGAUCUGGGCUCUGACUCUAGUGUGGUAGUGGCUCUCGGCAUUAGUGGGGAUAGUCUCACUGUGGGGCAGUCAGGAACCAUCAGCUGUAGAACCAACGUGAUAGUAUCUUCUUCUUUCUUGAAUGGAGGAACGAGUCGUCUGUGCUGGCCAGUAGCAGUAGUGACAAUCUCACACUGUUGGAGUAUACAUUUCCUCUAGUAACAGACGACCUACAUGGAAAGCAGUACACCUGCACUGCUGUGGUUGGUGCUGAUAGCUACAGAGAAACUGUUACAUUGGUAGUGAAAUUGCCUGAAAACCCUGUCACAGUCACGGCAAGUGUGACUGAUGUUGGUUCACCACUAGUUGGAGAGCCUGGUCCCACUCUGACAUGUAGAGUCCAUGUGACAACUGCAGGACUUACUAACACUCCUUCUGCUGUGUGGAUGAACGUCUCUGGUCCUGUGGUCUCAGGAAAUGGUGUCACUGUGACUGAGACUGUGGUGAAUGAUACAACUACCAUCUCCACUCUCUAUUUCUCCUCUCUGGUCCUUUCUCAUGCUGGACUCUACCACUGUCAGGGCAGGCUAAGAUCUCCAGCAGCAGAAAAUGGAACCAUUUCAAUUUCCACAUCCCCUAUACCUGUCAGCGUAAGAUAUGCAGUUGCAUACCCAGUUGAGGCCUUUGAAGUAAGAAUACAUCGGACACCUCUCUCACAUUCUCCUGGCGCCAGCCCAGUAUUGGAGCCCACCUCACCACUGGCUACAACCUGACAUGUGUCCCUCUCCUGACUGGGAUCCCAUCCCCCCAGUCUCUCCCCCUGUUAGCACCAACCCGGUCCUCAGCCACCCUGUCUGGGUUCUUCUCUGGAGUCCGCUACAACUGCAGCAUCUCCACCAUCUCCCAACGUGGAUCCUCUCUCCCCCGUCUCUCUCACCCUAUCCACCAAUGAGACUGCUCCAUCGGGAUCUCCUAAGAUAGAGGUAGUCCCAGGAGAGAGAGAAGUUGUGUUCUCCUGGUCUCCUCCUCCUGCCACCCAGCGUAAUGGAGUCAUCACCAGCUACACCCUCUCCUGCUCCCCCUCCCCCUCCUCCCUCCCUC